UAUAUACAGAACAACACAUGCCAGUGGUAACAGCAGCAAAUACUUGGUCUAGCUUUCCCUUGCUCUUUGGUUUCUUUGAGAUCUUUCUCUUGUUCUUGUUCUUGGUCUUCUAAAGAUCCUCAUCCACACAAAGCCAUGGGUAUCCGUUUGCCUGGGAUGAUUCAUGCAAAGCAAAUCCUCCGACGAUCUCUUUUGCUUGCAAACCAGUUAGCUACCACAGCUACUGAUGUUCCUAAAGGUCACUUAGCAGUCUAUGUGGGGGAGACACAGAAGAAGCGAUUUGUGGUUCCAGUGUCUUACUUGAACCAGCCAUUAUUUCAAGACUUGCUAAGUCAGGCUGAAGAAGAAUUUGGGUUUGAUCACCCAAUGGGUGGUCUUACAAUUCCAUGCAAAGAAGACACCUUUGUUGAUCUCACUUCUCGUUUGAAUGGUCUGUGCAUGUGAAAGUAGGAAACCGGAAGGGAAAAAUCAAUUUUGUAAAUGAAGGAAAGGUGAGGGAAAGGCCCAUCUCAUGUACAUAUCUAUACUUCUAUAUUUUUUGGGAGGGGGAGGAACUAGGAAUGCAGCCAUGAGAGAGAGAGAGAGAGAGAGAGAGAGAGAGAGAGAAAUCUCUGUAAACUAAUUGUCUCUUACUGCUAACUCUUUAAUUCAAGUAACAAUUCCCUA